CAACCAUCAACCAUCAAUAUCCUCUCAAGGCUUCCUGUGAAGACAAUCAUCCACUGCAAGUGUGUAUGCAAGAAAUGGUUGAAUAUAGUUUUGGACACUUACUUUGCUCAUCUUCAGCCCUCGAGAUCACGUGCAGGCUUCAUGAUUUAUCGUAAUUCUAAAGAAGAAAUGACAGGUGGCUUUGAAACAGGCAUUUUGAAAGUCUCAAAUACACCCUAUGGGCCAUAUUUGAAUGGGCAUGCUCAUUGGACCCUUGUUGGCAAUGAUUUCCCUGAAAAAAUUUGUUCUUUUGAUUUUAACAAAGAAACAUUUGAGCUCUUUCCUUCACCUCCCUAUGAAGCUAUAAAAGAAAGUUUCAGAGGAACUUUGGGAGUCCUAAAGGGGUGUUUAUGUCGAUGUGAUACCUAUGAUUCUAACAUGACGGUUUGGCUGAUGAAGGAAUAUGGGAUCAAGAAUUCUUGGCAUAAAGAGUUGGUGAUCAAAUAUAUUAUCAAACCUGAUUUUGAUAUGUUGGGUUUGGAACCCAAUUUUUUAAUUGAGGGCUUUAAUGAUGGAACUUUUUUGAUGGAAAAUAAUGAAAGUAAUCUAAUUGUUUGUUGUCCACGGAGGAAAACAGUUGUAUAUAGGGAAGUAUUUGGUGGCUACUUCAACGAAUUGCCUUAUCGUCCUAGCUUUCAUAGACUACACAACUUUAAAAACGAGAGAGUUCAUGUGUUUUAA